CUUGUCUUUUUCUUAGCCAUAUACCCUGUACAACCACCAUUGCCACCUCCACCACCCCAUACACUACUAUGGAGAGCCGUUACCUCUCCCAGCAGCGCUCAGCAGCCGUCGACGCAGCGCGCAACAUCACCCGCGAAAAUGCCCAAGAAAAAGCACAAACAUCAGCCAGCUCGUCACUUCUCAAGCCAAGUGCACAAUUAACCAUGGACCGCUUUCUACAGGACUUGCCGAAUGCCGAACAACCGCCGGUUGACUUUUCACCCCAGUACCAUACAGGCCGCGUGCCAAACAGCAAGGCCGGAGAUGGCAAACCACGGCUGCUGCUCAUGGGUCAGCGAAGGAGUGGAAAGUCGUCGAUAUCAAGUGUCGUCUUCCACAAGUUGCCGCCGAGCGAAACCCUAUAUCUAGAGACUACCUACAGGAUCAAGAAAGAGUCUAUGCACUCGUUCAUGGACUUUCAAGUAUGGGAUCUCCCCGGCCACCUAGACUACUUCGACCCAGCCUUCGAUACCGACAAUAUCUUUGAGGAAAUCGGAGCGCUUAUAUGGGUCAUUGACGCACAGGAUGAGUAUCUCGAUGCUAUUGCCCGGCUCAACAUGACCAUUCUCAACCUGCAGCAAUCAUACCCCAACAUUAACGUAGAAGUCUUUGUCCACAAAGUCGACGGGUUGUCAGAUGACUUCCGCGGUGACACCUUCCGUGACAUUAUCCAACGAGUUCAAGACGAACUUUCAGACCACGGCUACGAGCAAGCGCCCAUAUCCUUCUAUCAGACGUCCAUUUACGACCAGUCCAUCUUCGAGGCCUUUAGUAAAGUCAUCCAAAAACUUAUUCCGCAACUGCCUACACUCGAGGCAUUGCUCAACAACCUGUGUGGGGCUUGCAACAUUGAGAAAGCAUAUCUCUUCGACAUUAUGAGCAAAAUAUACAUUGCAACUGAUACGAGCCCAACCGAUAUCGGCAGCUAUGAGAUCUGUUCCGACUACAUCGACGUUGUCAUUGAUGUCAGCGAGAUUUAUGGUUGGGAUCGGCCUGACGACGGAGACAAUGAAAGUGAGAUGGGCAACAACGAUGCAGAGAGCUUGAUCACCAUGGAGAAGAAGAAUAGCAGGUAUCUUUACUUGCGUGAGAUUAACAAGUACCUCGCAUUGGUGUGUAUCAUGGGCCAGGACAAUCCAGCAGAGAAAAAGGCUCUCAUUGACUACAAUGUCGGAGUCUUCCAGGCGGGUCUCAAACAAGUUUUCCCAAAGAGUGACAGAGAGGCGCAGGUCGAAAUCCGCAACAUCCACGACUCCUUGGAUCAAUGAUUCAAACGUUACUACUUGAACAUGAAAAGAAAGAUAUUGCCUAGUUGCUGUAAAUAUUUAAUGCGACUAAUUGCUGCCACAAUUAUGCGUUUGGCAGGACACUCUCUUACACCAACAAACAUAAUAUGUAAACUUGUAUGAUAAAAGAAAAGGAAAUAAAAAAGGCUUGUCUGUGCAAGAUUGGUGCUCAGAUUUUUCAACACAGGGUUUGUGUAUAUCCAUUUUAGUAUACCUGUAAAGGUGAAGUUCAAUGUGUAAUUAAUUUCUUCAUG